AUGUGGGCAAAGUAUUCUUCAUCUGCCGUGGAGGAAGCAAGCAAACAAGCAAAAAGUUUCGCCACAUAUCCUUCCAGCACACCUGAUAUGUCAGGCGAUGAGAAGGAAGCUUUCCAUGAGACCAACUCGAGGGAUGCAUUUACAGUGGCGUUGCUGAAGCAUGUAGCAAGGAAUCUUGGCGUUCAGUACAUGGGUGACCGUGUGGAGACGAGCGACAGUAUCGUUAUGGACAAACUGGGGCGUAUAAAAGCUGAGAUACGCUCACGGGAGCGUCUGUUGGGAGUAGAAAAUAUGGGCCUUAUUCCACUUUUUAUUGAGGCAGGCGAUUCAUCAUUAACAUGCGAAGAUUCCCUUAUUUAUUACAAGAAGGCUCUGGAUAUUGUGGAGGCAAAUAAAGACAUUAAAAGAGACUCCAAUAUGAUGAAUGACGUUGGCGUAUCGAGUUUUGCCGAUCUGGGCUCGCGCUUUUUUCGUUAUGGACAGUAUCAAGUGGCUGAAAGACUCUUCACAAUGGCGGCAGCCAUUUCUCGCGAUAAGGUGACAGGUGUGGCCGAAGAGAUUUCUUUUUCCACUGCCCAAUGCGGAAGUCAGAAGAGUUUGCAGCGCCUAAAGGGACACCUGUGGGACUGGAAAAAGGCCGCAGAAGCGGCUAAUGAAGAUCUAUCGACACUUCUUUCUGAUGCUACCCGGAACACGCAUCGGUUCCGAGAAAUGCGAGAUGCGUGCAGUCAAACAGAUUUGGCGGAGCACAGAGUGGCCAUGCCGGCCUCACAAUUUAUCGGGACGAAAAGGGAAAUGAAGGGACUUAAAGGGACUCGAAAUGGAGAGGAACUGAAAAGACUUGUGGAGUACGUCUUUGAUCCAAUGAGCGUAGAAGAUGGCUUUACCAGGCAAUUAUUACCAAAAGGUUCCAGGAACACGACUCGUUUGCUCUCUGAGCAUUUUACCGGAUCGAAUCCUUGCCUGGCGCUAAGGGAGUCUAUUGAUUGCAUCACCUCAAGAAUUGGCGCCAAAGCUGACUCGAUCAACUCCUCAGGCGGUGCUCUUAGAAGGGAGCUGCAAACUCGAUAG